GCUCCAAGCGCGUGCCUGGCGUCUUGCAGCGAUUACGUUGCUCUCUUUCCUCCACUUCGAAGAGGACGAGGCUGGCCAUCAUUUCUUCCUGCUUUUGGCCCUUCAGGCAGUCCGUUGGGACCUGCUGCUACUUUAGGUUUUUUCUGCAGUACAGUGGAUACAAUUUGUUAUGGCUACUCUGAGUGUUAUAGGUUCAAGUUCACUUAUUGCCUAUGCUGUAUUCCAGAAUACACAGAAAUCACCAGAGAUAAGGCCUCUCUUUUAUCUGAGCGUCUCUGACCUUCUCCUGGGGAUAUGCUGGCUCAUUGAGGCACUUCUUUAUGGAGCUUCAGCAGCCAAUAAGGACAUUGUCUGCUAUAACUUGCAAGCAGUUGGACAGAUAUUCUACAUUUCCUCAUUUCUUUACACUGUCAAUUACAUCUGGUAUCUGUACAAAGAGCUGAAGAUUAGACACAACCAGAGUGGACAGAGCACAUUUCCACUGGUUAUAGAUUAUACUUGUCACAUUGGUCAAAUAGCCAUCAUUUUGUCAAGCCUGAUACCUCUGCUGUUGAUGAUACCUGUAUUCUGUCUGGGCAAUAUCAGUGAAUGUUUCCACAACUUCAGCCAGAGCCACAGGUGUAUUCUGAUGUAUUCACCAUCAGCCAUGGCUGAACUGCCUUCUGCCAACACAUCAGUCUGUAGUGCACUUUAUUUUUAUGGGAUCACCAUUUUCCUGACCAGCUUUCUCCUCAGCCUUCUCACCAUUGUGGUCUUACUUAUCCAAGCCCAGACUCUGUAUAAGAAGUUUGUAAAAUCAACUGGCUUCCUGGGGAGUGAACAGUGGGCAAUGAUUCAUAUUGUGGAGCAGCGAGUUCGCUUCUACCCAGUGGCUUUCUUUUGCUGCUGGGGUCCAGUUGUCAUUCUGAUGAUCAUAAAGCUAACUAAGCCACAGGACAUGAAGCUUCACAUGGCCCUCUGUGUUCUCCAGGCUCUAACAGCAUCAUCCCAGGGUCUGCUCAACUGUGGAGUAUAUGGCUGGACCCAGUACAAGUUCUACCAACUAAAGCAAAAGGCUCGGCGUGAUGCAGACACUCAAACACCAUUAUUAUGCUCACAGAAGAGAUUCUAUAGCAGGGGCCUAGAUACAAUGGAGUCUACCCUUACUUUUGCUACUAGCCCUCCACCGUCCUUUGAAACUGUAAUACUGGAACAUCCAGGUUUUGAUUUUACCAUCCUGGUGCUUUGUCUGUCUUCUGUGGAGUGGUUUGAAGAAAUUUUGAAAAACUGAAGUCUGCUGCCACUUUCUGCAAAUCUCCCUUCUGUUCUCAUAUUUAAAUUUG